GUAGGUCUGCCAGUUCGACGAUGAAAGCAGUAAUGUUGACACGCCAACACCAACCAGUCGUCCGAAUAUCUCUCGCAUUGAUGCUCGGAGUGUAGGUGGUUUGCGUGCUUCAUCCUCAUCCGGCAAUCUCUCAACUGACAAGGACAACGAAUCUAGCCAACCAAGCCUUGUACCUCCAAGUGUUUGCAAGCACGUAUACAACGUAUUCCAUUCAAGCGAUAUUAUUAUGGACCCUUUUGUGCCAUCUUUGAUGUGUGAUGUCGUCAAGGGGAGCAAAGGCUUGCUAACAAAUACACCGCAGUGGCCGACUUAUCUCGAAGCCAAGGAGAUACGCUACUGGCGUGACAUGGCCUUACGGAUUUCACAAAAGCUAAUCGAGGUCGCAACUAUGAGUGGAGAAGAGGGAAGAGGCAGACAAGCCAAAUGCUAG